CAGGUUGUUUUUUGGAGUUUGGAUUUUGGGAUUAUCUUGGAAUUUUGUAAAUUGCUUUAAAGAUUGAUCCUUUUUUGUUAAAUUGAAAACCCCACAUUCCCAAUUUGGAAUCUUUAAGCAUGGUUUGGGUUUGAUUGGUGUUUGAAAGGGGAAUUGGAUAAGAAAGUUUGAACCUCAAAUUUGGUGGAUUUUGUUUUUUUGUUCUUUUCUUAUAUAUAGUGAAGUUUGUGAAGGAUAGAAAGAUGGAAAAAUAUGAGCUUGUGAAAGAUAUAGGGUGUGGUAAUUUUGGUGUUGCAAGGCUUAUGAGGAACAAGGAGACCAAAGAACUUGUGGCAAUGAAAUACAUUGAGAGAGGACAUAAGAUUGAUGAGAAUGUAGCAAGGGAGAUCAUUAAUCAUAAAUCACUUCGACAUCCAAACAUUAUUCGCUUCAAGGAGGUGGUAUUAACUCCCACUCAUCUUGCCAUUGUUAUGGAAUAUGCAGCUGGUGGAGAACUGUUUGAGCGCAUUUGUAAUGCAGGAAGGUUCAGUGAAGAUGAGGCUAGAUACUUUUUCCAGCAGCUUAUUUCAGGAGUCCACUACUGUCACAACAUGCAAAUAUGCCAUAGAGAUCUGAAGCUGGAGAAUACCCUUCUUGAUGGAAGUGCAGCUCCACGCUUGAAGAUAUGUGAUUUUGGAUACUCAAAGUCAUCCCUGUUGCAUUCAAGGCCAAAAUCAACUGUUGGGACUCCAGCUUAUAUUGCUCCAGAGGUCCUCUCCAGAAGGGAAUAUGAUGGCAAGCUGGCUGAUGUUUGGUCAUGUGGGGUGACACUUUACGUGAUGCUGGUUGGGGCAUAUCCUUUCGAAGACCAGGAGGACCCAAAGAACUUUAGGAAAACUAUUCAACGAAUAAUGGCGGUCCAGUACAAGAUUCCCGACUAUGUUCACAUAUCACAAGAUUGUAGGCACCUUCUCUCUCGCAUAUUUGUUGCCAAUUCGACAAGGAGAAUCACAAUCAAAGAAAUCAAGUCCCACCCGUGGUUUUUGAAGAAUUUGCCUAGGGAAUUGACAGAACCAGCGCAGGCAGCUUAUUAUAGAAAAGAAAACCCGACAUUUUCGCUUCAGAGUGUGGAGGAGAUCAUGAAAAUUGUUGAAGAGGCAAAGACCCCUCCUCCAGUUUCCCGUUCAGUCUCGGGUUUUGGCUGGGGAGGAGAAGAAGAAGAAGAGGAGGAGAAGGAAGGAGAUGUAGAAGAAGAAGAGGUAGAGGAAGAAGACGAAUAUGACAAACAAGUGAAACAAGCACAUGAAAGCUUAAAAGAUGUUCGUCUCACCUAAGCGUAAAUUAUCUUCCUUGCUCGUGGAGAGCUGUGAACACACACUUCGGCCUAUUUAUGUUUCUUUGCUUGUAGAAGAUUUGGUUUUUGGCAUUUCAUGGUUGUGUGAAAUUUGUUUCGCCUUUCCGUAUAUGCUACAUUAUCCUUUUUGCUUGUAGAAAACUAUAGUUUUGAAGUGUGGCAUUUCAUUGUUGUGUCAAGAUUGUUUUUUUUUUUCCCGGUUGUGUGGAACUUAAAAGAAGUCUGUAAAUUUCGAAUUUCGAGUUUUGAGGUAAGGAGGCUUGUCAAUUAUAUUUCCAUGAGACAAAGGCAUUGGUGUACAGUGUACUGGAGUUGAAACUCGAAUGAGCCUGAGUUACAGUUUAAUUUACAGGA